GGACCAGUUGCUUUUGUAUUCUAACUGCGGCAUUUGUGAGUUGCAUUGCCAUUUAGAGUCUCCUUGUAGGGCUUACAAAACAGCGGUCUUGACUUAGAACACUCAGAAGUAGAAUGCUUUGAAAAAAUCGUGAUAACCCAGAGAUUUUUCUGGCUGCAGGGGGCAAACCAUAAUUACAAACAAUUUACACCUUAAAAAACAGCGCAGAGUAGUCAUUUGACGUACGAUUUGUACUGGUCUACUGAAAGACUACUUGGGACGACUAAGGAUUUGUAUUGACGGCAAAAACUGAGGUUUUGACCACAAAAUCUCCGCACAAAGGAAGUAUCAGGUAACCGCUAGGUAAACUUGUUGCCAUUGAAGACGGAAACCAUUAACAUGGAGCAGGCCUAAGCUUUCCGCCAGCGUUCCCCCUUGGGAAUACAUCGGUAUAGAUUUUUCCAUAGCAACCUAAAAUUGUGCGGAAAAGCUGUUCAUUUUGUAUCUCUUCAAAAGGUUUGUAAGGACUUAAACGGACGAUUCCAAACAUGUAGAAGCAGAAAAGUGAGUUUUUAAUGCAAUAUGAGGAACUUGUAUUCGGACGUGAACAAAUCUACAAUGCGGGUGUCUCUGGUCCUACCGCAGGUGACAGUACAGGACGGCACGAUGAUAGGAAACCCCAGGAAAGUGGCGCACCACAAGACGAAGCUUUUUACGUGGAAGAUCUAUGAACCACAUGGUAUCAACGGAGGAGAUCCACUGUAUUUACCUAAACUGAAACCAAGCAUUCCCCUGCACAUUAAGCUACAGAACAAACAUAGCCAGCUACCAAAUAUUGAAAAGGAGGAAAAGGGGUUGUUAUAUAAAUCGAAGUUGUCUGAAGGAUUCAGUCGCCUUCCCAAAAUGAAGAAAAAACAGAGCAAAAUAAGAUAUCAGCAAAUUACUUUUCAAAAAUCUCUCUACCCAAAAGGACCAAAGGAACCAUACCUCACUGGAUAUUUAUUCCGGAACCAAACCAUGCCCAUCAUAAAUAAUAAGCCAUCAAAGCCAAAGCCACAGCUGGUUUACACUAGUAAUGAGGAUCUGCCACAAGGCGAUCCAAGUUUUAUCACAGAGGGACGCACGGACAACACUGUCGAGGAACACAAUCAGCCUUCUCAUAAGAUUGAAAUCGAAGAUGAAAAUAAGGAAAUAGACGCUGUAGCAGCAGCAACGAAAGAGAAAAAUGACAAUUUUUUGAAGAAUUCUGAACCACAAAAAGAAGAUGAACUACUCAAAUUGGAACCUCACUUUGAAAAAUUACCCACUUCAAUUGAAAGUGAAAAACUUUCCAAAUCCUUAGAAAGUGAUAAACUUGCAAGGUCAAUAGAGAGCGAAAGUAUUAUCUUUCCGACGCUAGAUCUCUUUAAAGAACUAACGGGAUCGUCUGCCAUAGAUUUGGGAUAUAACCUCAAGACUUACGCAGGGACCAGACCGCCAAAAACGACACAAAGUUUGAAAGGGUUCAGACCCCCUCGCACACAGGAACGGCAACUCCAUCAGUACCAGGAUUCCGAGGAUGCAGACAAAGUGGCAGAUGAUCUAAUGACAAUGGUGACCGUCAGUAAAAUGACACCGUGCUCCAGUUCCCGUGGUCGAUACACAAGAUUAAGCAGUAGAUAUGACGCUCCUUUGGAACAAGAAUGAUUUGAAAUGUACACUGUACGUAAGAGAGUCGUAUAUACAGCCCCAAAGGUCGUCUAUUAAGUAUUUAUGCCACGGUUUGGUACCGAAGAAAAAUAAGUAAAUCAAUCGAAUAAUCAAUUUCCAUU